ACGCCCCGCUAUUUGUUUUCUCUCUUUCUGAGGAAAGAUGUGUUAGCAUCUGGGAACAGCUCUUCAGUGUUAUUUAUUUUUAAUACCACAGAUUACUUUAUGACAUUUCUUUCUUCUUGCAACGGGCGUAUGUCAAUGGAGCCUGCGUCAAAAACAUCUGCUGUUGCUGUACAGUCCGCGCGAGAGGUGUUGCAUCCAUUUCCUAAAGAAACUGUUGGUGACUGUCCGUCAUUGCCCUUCUGUAAGGAAUACUCUGCACACCGGCCAUGCAUCACCCCACCAAGUGACCCUAAUGAUUCCAAUAGAGCUCGAUUGCCCAACAAUGUCUAUCCAGAGACCAACAGAGCAGCCAUUCAGUUGGCGUUGAGGCAUAUCCAGGAGAAGAUCAGGAGGUUGGAGCUGGAGAAUAACCGCAGACAGACUACCGGACACCCCGUGAGGAGAGACACGCCGCGUCCGCACGCCGUUAGAAUGACAAAGAUGACUUCAACUUCUCAGAUGGAUGCAUGGAGAGUAACGGAUAAUCAGUCCAACUGCAACCAAGCGUUAGUGACCCAGCUUGCGGCUGCAGAGUCUCGCUGCUUGAGCCUGGAGCGUCAGCUCGAUCACAUGAAGAAGAUGUUGCACAACGCUAAGGGAGAGAAGAAGAGCCUGCUCAAACAGCAAGUGACUAUGGGGGCGUCAAGGUCUACGCAGGAAAAAGCAGAUACGGCGUAUGCACACAUCCAGCUGCAGAAAAUGCUGCGACUGGAGCAGGAAUAUCUCAGACUGACACAAACUCAGGCCCAAGCUGAGGUGAAGAUUCAUGAACUGGAGCUGAAACUGCAGGAAGAGGAGCACCAGAGGAAGCUGGUCCAAGAUAAAGCAAACCAGCUGCAGUCAGGUUUGGAGGUCAGCAAGAUUCUGCUGCAGUCGGCCUCGCCGCCGCGUUGGAGCACCGCACACCCCAAAAAGAAGGAGAACCUUUUCAAGACACAGUCUUCCUACCGGGAACCUCACUACAGACUGAACCUGGGAGAUGUCCCCUUUGUGGCCGGAACGUCCAUAGGAAGCAGCCACUCGGUGCGGGCCAAUGUGCAGUCGGUUUUGUCUCUUCUGAAGCGCCACCAGCCUCAGCUGUGCAACAGCCGCGUCCUCGCCAGAAACAAGAACGCCGUCCGCUCGGGCUCGACGAACCGCCGCCACUCCGACACUUCGUCCAGCGCCUCCUCCUCCGCGAGCGAGGAGCUCUCAGAGCUUCUGCAUGCGUUGCAGGAUGAACUGAGGGUGAUGAGCUUAGGGCAAGAUGAGCUGAUGCGCCAGCUGGAGCGCGGCGUUUCUCUUCCGGAAAGAAAGCAGCUGGAGCGCGAGCAGGAGACGCUGCUCCUCAAAAUGGAGUGCAAAGGAGAGCAGAUACGGAAGCUCUACAAGCACAAAAUUCAGAUGAAGAAAUUAAAAAAGGAGGCAUGCAGGAAUCUGCCCGCGGCGAGCGCAGUCAAACCAGGAGAGAAAAGCAGGCGCAAUCUGACACUGCUCAGGGACAUGAAAGCCCUGCAGACCUCUUUGAGGACCUGAGACCUCGGUCCCAUCCAUCCUGCUUUGGACCUUUAUUAACUACACUAUUUAUUGUGACUUUGGUUCAAUGUUUGCUAUCAACAUUAUACAGUCCAUAUAAAAAGUUUACACUCCCUUGUUCAAAGGCCAGAUGUGGGUCUGGUAUUUUAACAGGCGUGUUUCGACUUUUUAUAUUCACUUCAGAUCAUACCUCAGCGUAAAACAAAUGAUAGUUAGUUUUAGUUUUCCUCACAUUUUUAUAAACUAAGGAUUUUUUUUUUUAAAGAUUUUAUUGGAUUGAGAUUGUGUGUAGGUGUUAUUGGAUCUAAACAUAUUGUAUGUUGAAU